UCUAUGUCCUGGGGGAGAGGCAGCUGCAGGGCAAUGAAGGCGUCCGUCUCCAUGGCUAAUCUGAUUAGCGCUGCUCAGGCGGGCGGCCCCCACGUCCACAUGGAAGCAGGUCCAGAUCCAUGUUUUCGGUGAGGCUGGAAUAUAUGGGACAUGCAUCGCCGUCCUAUGCCUGCCACUGUGCUGCAGUGCACUCGUCGGGCAGAGCCACUGGCGGGCUGCUCCCAGCCCUGCUCCGCUGGCCCCAUGGAUACUCACUCCUGCGCCUCCAGCCAUCCUCGUUGGCAAUGACCUGAGCCUCCUCCAGUGCACGCCUUCCACCUGCCCAGAAGCUCUGCCCGAGUGCGGGGACGCCGUGGACCGUAGGACGGAGCCUGUCUUGAGUCCCAGUGCACCCUCUGUGGAGAGCCGGAAGAGGAAGAGGCCGGGGACCUGACACAGGCUGGCAUCAGCUUUCCGGAGCCAACCGAAGAUGACCUAGACCAAAGCUACUCCUGGUCGCCACCGUCACACUUCAAUGAGGAGCGGUGCUCCCCUGCACCCAGGAAUAUGAAAGGCCUGGCAGCUGGCCGGAGCCCACCCCAGCUGUGCUCAGGCCACACGUGUGGCCUGGUGCCACCUGAGGACUGCGAGCUGGCCCACGACCACCUGCACCUCGCGCAGGACCCCCGACCACCCUACCUGCUGAGCCCGACGGACAGCUGCCCACUGGAGCACCACUGCUCGCCACACAGCUCUGUGCACUCAGAGGGCAUGCUGGUGCCCAUGGCGCUUGGUGCCCAUGUGUCCAGCAGCACCUUUCCCAGGAUGCAUUACAGCUCCCACUUCGAUGCCCGGGACGAUUGCAUGGGACAUGCUGCCACCAAGAUGAACCGCAUCCCAGCCAACCUGCUGGACCAGUUUGAGAAGCAGCUGCCACUGCACCGGGAUGGCUUCCACACGCUGCAGUACCAGCGACCGCCUGCUGGCCCCGAGCCACGCAGCGAGAGCCCUGGCCGUAUUAGGCACCUGGUGCACUCGGUGCAAAAGCUCUUCACCAAGUCACACUCCCUCGAGGGCUCGGCCAAGAGCCAAGCCAAUGGAACCAAGGGCAGCAGCCGGGCAGAUGAACAACAGCACGGCCACCACAGGCACAGCAAGCGCAGCAAGAGUCGCGAGCGCAGGCCCGACAGCAAACACAAAACAGGCCUGAGUAGCUGGUGGAGCUCGGACGACAACCUCGACAGUGACGGUACCUACCGGCCGCCCAGCGUGGCCACCCGGCACCAUGCCGACCGCCUAUCCCACGGCUACCCUGAGGCGUUGCCCAGCCCCUUCGGGGAACUGUCGCUGAGGACAUCCAAGAGCAACAAUGACGUCAAGUGCUCGGCUUGUGAGGGCCUGGCCCUGACGCCUGAUGCCAAGUACCUGACGCGCAGCUCCUGGUCCACGCUGACCGUCAGCCAGGCCAAGGAGGCCUAUCGCAAGAGCUCACUGAACCUGGACAAGCCACUGGCCCAUGUGGACCUCAAGCCUGCCCUGAGGCCUUGCCAAUACCUCCAGGUGCCACAGGAUGAGUGGGGGGGCUACCCCCCGGGGGGCAAGGAGGAGAUCCCCUGCCGGCGAAUGCGGAGUGGCAGCUACAUCAAGGCCAUGGGCGAUGAAGAGAGCGCAGAGUCAGACUCCAGCCCCAAGACAUCCCCCACAGCAGCUGCACGCACAGACACUCUGCUCCCGUCCCUGCAGAGACCCUUCGGUGACCUGCAGACCCAGAGCUACCUACAGGCCAGUGACAUGCCCGCUGCCCAUGGCCUUGAACCUUCUGCCAACUACAAUUCCCCCAAGUUCCGCUCCCGGAACCAGAGCUAUAUGCGGGCUGUCAGUACCCUGAGCCAGGCCAGCUGUGUGAGCCAGAUGAGCGAAGCGGAGGUGAAUGGGCACCUGGAGUCAGUGUGUGAGUCCGUCUUUGGCGAGGUGGAGUCGCAGGCCAUGGAUGCCCUGGACCUGCCCGGCUGCUUCCGCACCAGGAGUCACAGCUACUUACGAGCCAUCCAGGCUGGCUACUCCCAGGACGACGAGUGUGUUCCUGUGUUGACUUCCACCAGCUUGUCCUCCACCAUCAGACCCACCACAGCUGUUUCCUACACCACCUACAAGAAGACCCCACCUCCAGUGCCCCCCCGGACCACCUCCAAGCCUCUGAUAUCAGUAACAGCUCAGAGCAGCACCGAGUCCACACAGGACGCCUACCAGGAGAGCCGUGCACAGUGCUUGGCUGCGUGGCCUCCUGAUGCCCGGGGCCUCUACAACUCCACUGACAGCCUGGACAGCACCAAGGCCCUAAGUUUGGCCCUGGAGACUGCCGCAGCCCAGCGCUUAGCAGCUGAGGGACAGAGCUGCCCGACACGAAGUGGAGACAAGGUCAUGCUGGCUUCCAAGAUUGAGGGUUUCCGGAAAAGUCGCAGUUCUUCAGUGGGCAUCCAGGUGGAGGCGGCUGACUCAGACACGGAGAGCCGGGGGCUACGGGAGUACCACUCGGUCGGCGUGCAAGUGGAGGACGCCAAGCGACACGGGAGGUUCAAGCGCUCCAACAGUGUCACAGCCGCUGUGCAGGCAGACCUGGAGCUGGAGGGUUUCCCAGGACACGUGGCCACUGAGGACAAGGGCCUGCAGUUUGGGUCGUCCUUCCAGCGGCACUCGGAGCCCAGCACACCCACCCAGUAUGGGGCGGUGCGCACGGUGCGGACUCAGGGGCUUUUCAGCUACCGAGAUGACUACCGGGCACCCGUGGACACCGUUAACCUGCCCCCUCCUGACCCCUGGCUGGAGCCGGCCCUGGAGCCCGUGGACGCGGGCAGGAUGUCCCCGUGCCGCAGGGAUGGCUCCUGGUUUUUGAAGCUGCUGCACAAGGAGACCCAGCGGAUGGAAGGCUGGUGCAAAGAGAUGGAGCGAGACGCGGAGGAGAACGACCUUCUGGAGGAGACUCUCGGUAAAAUCAGGAGUGCCGUAGGGAGUGCUCAGCUGCUUAUGUCCCAGAAGUUCCAGCAGUUUUAUUGGCUCUGCCAACAGAACAUGGACCCCAGCGCCAUGCCCAGACCCACAUCACAGGACCUGGCUGGCUACUGGGACAUGCUGCAGCUGUCAGUGGAGGACGUGAGCAUGAAGUUCGAUGAGCUGCACCAGCUGAAGCUCAACGACUGGAAGAGCGUUGAGUCCCCUGAGAGAAAGGAGGAAAGAAAGGUCCCACCUCCAAUACCAAAGAAGCCCCCCAAAGGGAAGUCUCCCAUCACCCGAGAGAAGUCUCUGGACCUGCCGGAUAGGCAGCGCCAAGAGGCACGGCGGCGUCUGAUGGCGGCCAAGCGGGCAGCUUCAUUUCGCCAGAACUCGGCCACGGAGCGGGCAGACAGCAUCGAGAUCUACAUCCCAGAGGCGCAGACGAGGCUGUGAGGCAGCGCCCAGACCCGCCAGGC